AUGAAGCAUGGGAUUUCCAAUGACACGACAUUCUCUUAUCCCUUUGGCAUUGGUCUUCCUUUUCCUUUGUCUUAUCGAACCCUAAUUGUCCGAGCUCUCAAGGGUUUAAACGACGCCGUUACAGUCUCAGUCGCAUCGCCUGGUCAAGAUGGAUCAUGGGAAUUCAAGGAUAACAAUAUCCCAAUCAAGGAUAAGGAUCAACUUAUCCCGAGUUUGGAUAAGGCAAACCGAUGCCGGAAUCUUAAGGAAGUGUACAAAUCAAGAACCGGAGGUUACGACGGGAGGUGUACCGUUCCAAUGCUGUGGGAUUCAAGGAAGAAAGAAGUUGUUUGUAACGAAAGCUACGAUAUUAUCGAGUUCUUCAAUUCGGGUUUAAACGAAUUGGCACGAAACGCUGAUUUAGAUCUUUCGCCACCAGAGUUGAAAGAGAAGAUCCAAGAUUGGAAUCAGAUUGUGUAUCCUAAAGUUAACAAUGGCGUUUACAGGUGCGGGUUUGCGCAGAGCCAAGAAGCGUAUGAUGGAGCAGUGAAUGAACUCUUUAGUACCUUAGAUAAGAUUGAGGAUCACUUGGGUAGUAAUAGAUACUUGUGUGGAGAAAGGUUAACCUUGGCGGAUGUGUGUCUCUUUACAACUCUGAUUCGUUUUGAUCCGGUUUACAACAAUCUAUUCAAGUGCACCAAGAAGAAGCUUGUUGAGUACCCGAAUCUCUAUGGCUAUUUGCGGGACAUGUACCAGAUUCCUGGUGUUGCGGCUACUUGUGAUAUUUCGGCUAUAAUGGAUGGGUACUACAAAACGCUGUUUCCGCUAAACGCAAGUGGAAUUCAACCGGCUAUUUCUUCAUCUGGCGAUCAAGAAUCUCUCUUGAGACCUCAUAACCGAGACUUGGUGGGUAAAGCCAUUGAAGCACAGCUCGUUGUAUAAGAGAAGAAAACUGUACAUAACUCAAAUGAUAGGAUGAUGCAGCAGCACUCAAAAUUAUCAUACAACUUAAUAAGCUUUGAUCUUGUAAUAUAAUCCUUCCCUA